AUGACCCUUGCCAAAGUGAUGCAGGAAGGAGUCAGCUUAGAAGGAUUUGCACAGCCUGUGGCCAUUUUCCUGGGAAUCCCUUUUGCCAAGCCCCCUCUUGGACCCCUGAGGUUUACUCCACCACAGCCUGCAGAGCCGUGGAGCUUCGUGAAGAAUGCCACCUCGUACCCUCCUAUGUGCACUCAAGAUCCCAAGGCAGGGCAGUUAAUCUCAGAACUAUUGACCAACAGAAAGGAGAACAUUCCUCUCAAGAUUUCCGAAGACUGCUUUUACCUCGAUAUUUACACUCCUGCUGACUUGACCAAGAAAAACAGGCUGCCGGUGAUGGUGUGGAUCCAUGGAGGGGGGCUGAUGAUGGGUGCGGCAUCAACCUAUGAUGGGCAGGUCCUCACUGCCCAUGAAAACGUGGUGGUGGUGACCAUUCAGCACCGCCUGGGCAUCUGGGGAUGCUUCAGAUAA